CUUGCUUACUCCGUUUCUUUGAAUCCAUUCCAGCUUGUGAAUUCCAGUUUCUAGGUGGCUGACAGGGCUUUCCUGUCGAGCCGGUUCAUACUCGCUGCCUUGUACAUACACGUACAUACAUCCAGUCCCACGUGUAGAUACAUAAGCUUUCAUUGUUUGCCGAGCCUUGUGUGAAUAUUCAUUAACCAUGGCGUCCUUUGCCCUCUCCGUUGCGAGCAGCACUGCUCCACCUUCGCGCCUGGAGCUCCCCUCCCGAACUACCCACCAACUCUCCGGUCAAGCUCACUCUACUGCCACACGUGCCACUCACUCUCUCACCGCUGACUACGACGGAUUCCGUCAGACAUCAUCUUUCCCGUCAGCGUCCCCCGUAUCUCACGCCGACGCGUUCACCGCUAGCGUCACCCGUCAGCUCGCCCCGUCCUCCGCAUCCUCCGCGCAUCGCGCCACGGUAUCCGCCGUGUUCGACCGGUUCACGGAGCGCGCCAUUAAAUCCGUGAUGCUGGGUCAGCGCGAGGCGAAGGCGCUCGGGCGAAAGGAGGUCGCGACGGAGCAUCUGCUCCUGGGGCUCAUCAUGGAGGACCGCGCCAGCAGCGGUACCGCCAGCGCGAAAGGUUACCUCAACACCGGUGUAGCCAUCGACGCCGCUCGCGAGGCCGUUCGCGAAAUGAUUCGCGAUGGCACGCUUUCGCCGUCCGAGGGGUCGGACAAGCCCGCGUCCGAGGUGCCGUUUUCCGCGGGGAGUAAGCGGGUGUUCGAGGCGGCUCUGGAAGAGUCGCGGAAGCUUCGGCACAACUUCAUCGCGCCGGAGCAUCUGGUGAUGGCGGUGCUUAGCGUGGAGUUCGACGCCGCUGCGAAGCUGCUCGAGCGGCUGGGCGUCCCCAAGGAGCGCGUGCGCGCGGAGGCGGUGGCGCGGCUGAGGGGCGAGCUGGCGACGGAGGGGCGCUCCACCGACUCCAUCUCGCUCUCCGCCAAGCCCUCCGCCUCCGCCAAGUCCGCGCCGGACCCCGCCCGCGCCGCCGCGCUCUCGUCGUCGUCCAGCUACAGCAAGAAGGGGUCCAAAAAGGACAAGAGCGCGCUGCAGGACUUCUGUCUGGAUCUGACGGUAAUGGCGAUGACGGGCGACAUCGACCCGGUGAUCGGCCGCGACCACGAGGUGUCGCGCGUGGUGCAGAUCCUCGCGCGCCGCACCAAGAACAACCCGCUGCUGCUCGGCGAGCCCGGCGUCGGGAAGACGGCUAUUGCGGAGGGGCUCGCGCUGCGCAUUGCGGAGAACGACGUCCCGGUCUUCCUGCAGGGCAAGCGCGUGAUGUCGUUGGACAUGGGGCGGCUGAUCGCGGGCGCCAAGGAGCGCGGCGAGCUGGAGUUACGGGUCACCAAUCUGGUGGCGGAGGCGGUCAGCGCGGGCGACGUCAUCCUCUUUAUAGACGAGCUCCACACCGUCGUGGGGUCGGGCGCCGUCUCCCGCGGAAAGGGCUCGGGGGGAGGGGGAGGCGGAGGGCUGGAUAUUGCUAAUCUGCUCAAACCCGCGCUCGCCCGGGGCCAGCUUCAGUGCAUGGGCGCCACCACCAUGGGCGAGUACCGCAAGCACGUGGAGAAGGACAAGGCGCUCGCCCGCCGCUUCCAGCCUGUCGACGUCUCGGAGCCCUCGCAGGACGACGCCCUCCUGAUCCUCAAGGGCCUGCGCCGCCUGUACGAGCGCCACCACAAGUGCCACGUCAGCGACGACGCGCUGAUCGCUGCGGUACAGCUGUCGGCGCGCUACAUCCCCGACCGCUUCCUCCCCGACAAGGCCAUCGACCUGGUGGACGAGGCCGCGAGCCGCGCCGUGAUCGACGGGUUCAGGCGGAACCGGCAGCGGGAAACCAGCGUGCUGCACCGCGGACCGGAGGAAUACUGGCGGGCGAUCAGAGCUGCCCAGGCGGCCAUCAACGCGGUGGAAGAGGUCCAGUCGCCACUGGGGGCGGCAGGUGGCCCGUCUGCGUUUCUCUCAGAGGAGCCGAGGGCGUCCGCUCCUGGCACUGCGCCUGCUGCCACUUCGGGGUGGUCCCCUGCUGGCGAUGGCGACAGCCUGUCAAUUGGACCGGAGGACAUAGCGGCAGUGGCGUCCCAGUGGACGGGCAUCCCCCUGCAGCAGCUCACAGCGGACGAGCAGCGGCACCUCAACGACCUGGACGCGGCGCUGCACUCGCGCGUGGUGGGGCAGGACGAGGCCGUGAACGCCAUCGCAAGGGCUGUCAGGCGGGCGCGAGUGGGGCUGAAGGACCCCAAGCGGCCCACGGCGGCCAUGCUGUUCUGCGGGCCUACUGGGGUGGGCAAGACAGAGCUCAGCAAGGCGCUCGCGCACCACUACUUCGGCUCGGAGGACUCCAUGAUCCGCCUGGACAUGUCCGAGUACAUGGAGCGCCAUGCCGUCAGCAAGCUCAUCGGCGCGCCCCCGGGGUACAUCGGCUUCGGGGAAGGCGGCAAGCUCACCGAGGCCGUUCGACGCCGCCCGUUCUCCCUGCUGCUCCUAGACGAGAUCGAGAAGGCGCACCCGGACGUCUUCAAUCUCCUGCUGCAGAUAUUCGAGGAUGGGCGCCUGACGGACUCGCAGGGGCGGCACGUCUCCUUUAAGAACACGCUCAUUAUAAUGACGAGCAACGUGGGGUCGCAGGCGAUAGCCAGGGGAGGCGGGAACCGGGUGGGGUUUGUGCUGCCCGGGGCGGAUGAGGCGGAUGGGGGGCGGUACGCGGGGCUGAAGGCGCUGGUGACGGACGAGCUCAAGGCGCACUUCAGACCGGAGCUGCUCAACAGGAUUGACGAAGUGGUGGUGUUCCGGUCGCUGGAGAAGGCCCAGGUGCGCACCAUUGUGGACAUGAUGAUCAAGGAAUCCGCCAUCCGUCUCUCGGAGCGCAACAUCCGUCUGGAGGUCUCCGAGUCGCUCAUCCAGCGCAUCUGCGACGAGGGCUACGACCGCUCGUAUGGCGCUCGCCCGCUGCGCCGCGCCGUUACGCGAUUGGUGGAGGACCCCAUCAGUGAGGCAGUGCUGUCCGCCAAAAGCGGCGGAGGGCUGGUGGCGGGGGGGAACGUGUCUGUGCUGGGGGGGGCGUUUGAGGCGGGGGAUACUGCGCUGGCGGAUAUCGGCCCGGAUGGCGAGCCGUUUGUGAUGCGCAUUGCCAAGAGUGACGCCCGGCGGGUUGUCAGUCUGGCGGGAGUGAUUGUGGAAUGAGAGUUUAUCGGGCUGGUGUAGCUUUUCGUUCAUGCAUAGUUGCCGGGCCACAAUUUGCCGAAGGUGGGAGAUGCUGCUGUCUGAUUGGGUAGUUGUUUCGAAGACAUGGCUGCUGUACCGGUAGUUUGGCUCCCAGGUGUAGAUAUGUCUGUCAUAUAUGGCUUGGAAGGUGCCAGAUCAUGUAGGUCUUUCGGAGGUUGGGCAAACCCUAUUUAUUCACACGUGCAGCUUGUUCUAAGUUGGAACGUAUGAAGUACAAAAAGAACCAUGGCUGGCUCCCAAUUUAUCAUCUUCUGUGGACUGCAUUCAGAACAGCAAGCAGUAGAGCAGCACCAUAACUACGGUAUGAGCUUCCUGUUGAAGUCUGAACUAGGAAGAACAGAGGAGGCCGCCAUGAAAUGGCGGCCAAGGGUUUAGCUAGAAGCUGGACGAGAGUGUCGAGAGAGAAGAGAGGUAGACUAGAAGAGAAUGAAGUACAAGAAGGGGGUUGUCCCCCCUACAGUAGGAUGCAGU